UAACAAUUUCGCUUUUUCCUCUCUUUCUCACGUAUAAAUUGGAAAUUGCUGGAAAACCAGACCAUUGCCUUUCUCUCUCUCUCUCUCUGAAUUCAAGUUUCAAUCUUUCUCUGUGCAAUGGCAGAAUCCAAGACCAAGCUUGAAUCUUUAAGGGAAUGGGUUGUGGACCACAAGCUUCGAACUGUUGGUUGUCUAUGGCUUAGUGGAAUUACGGGUUCGAUUGCCUACAAUUGGUCUCAACCUACAAUGAAAACCAGUGUCAAGAUCAUUCACGCUAGGUUGCAUGCUCAGGCGCUUACGCUGGCUGCACUAGCUGGUGCUGCAGUAGUUGAAUUCUAUGAUCGCAAGGCAAAGGCGGGUGCGGGAGGGGAACCGAAGGAUGAUCGAUACUCUAAGUUCCUUCCAAUUGAUACUUACGCACACAAGGAUUAAGCGAAGUUUCCAGCUAACUGGAUUGAGUACAAUCUGCUAGGAAUAUACAGAUGGAGGAUAAAUAAAAAUAUUUGUAUGGGAAACACUGUGUUAUGUCUCCUUCCCAGGAUAUUGUUUUUGGCAAUUGUAUGAGGUGUUUCGUACCACAGUGUUCUAAUAUGCAAUUAUGGUAGUUUGCAGUAAUCUCACAGAGAGGUAAAUUUGGCAUCAAAUUCAAACAAUCAAAAAAAAAAAAAUUCAAUUCUUUAUACACAGUUCAUAAUGUGUUGUAUUUGCUAGAAUCUGAUGUUCAUUUGUACUGGAUUCAGAAAUGACUGUUAAAUCUUUUUUUGUUA